UCACCAUUACUACUCCUGAUUUCUUUUCAGUGAUUUUUCCAGACUAAGAUUAUCGCUAUUGAUUUUAUCGCCUUGGCUGGCGGUUGUCGAACACCGUGACAACUCGACAGCACUGACUUGACAGACUGACAGACUAACCAACUAACUAACUAACUGACCACUACCUUUUUUUUACUUUACUUACAUACUCUUUCAGUCUCGCUGAAAUCCCCCGAACUAUAUCACCAUCAAUUCCCGCCCUCCACAGAACACGAUCUACUCCCACCAGCUAACUGCUAGUAAGACCGCGACCCUGUUUCGCGCCUGCUGCUGCUUCUGCUGCGGCCUUUGGCUUCAUCAGCCUCCACUGCUGCUAGCUAGUCUAGUUAAUCCCUCUUCUGCUCACCCUGACACAAUUCCCCCUCCGUUGACGACGUCUCUUUUCCGUACGGCUUUCUGUCUGCAUAACCACUUUUCCCUCCUACUUCGCCUUUUAUCUUCGACCUCAUUCUUCCCCCCCAAGUUAUCUAUCUAGCCUCUCCACUUUCUACUCCCGUCUCUCCCCUCACCUGUUUCCUUACUCUCUUUUCAACUACUCUACCCGGUCUCUGCUGUGAUACGAGCUUCCGCCUAGCUGAUCCGCACGUCCCGCUCCGUUUCAGAGUAUGGUUGACGAGCAAUAUUCAGUGACUAUUUCAUGAUGGAUGGUUCCAUUCCGCCGCCGUCCACCACGACUACGACCACCUCCACCCCCUCUACCACCACUAUUCCAACUUCCUCUUCAUCAACCGUUUUCCGACCUCGCAAAUCAGAGGAUUGGAAUGAGUAUCGUACGGCCAUCGAGAAUCUCUACCGAGACAAUCAGCUCAAGCUCCGCGAUGUGAAGAGAAUCAUGGAGCGUGACUAUAACUUUGUUGCAUCAGAAAAACAAUACAAAGACCGCCUGGCUGCAUGGCAUGUCCGCAAGAAUAUCAAGGCCAAAGAAGUCCAUGUCAUGAUCCGAAAGCAGCAGAAACGAGCGGCCCGAGGCAAGCAAACAGGUUUCCGUGUUGCUGGACAGGAAGUCGACUCCAAACGCAUCUCCCGCUUUGUCCGUAGAUAUGGAUCGAACAUGGAGGCCAAUAAUGCCCGCGAGGAUCCUCCGCACAGUCCUCAGGGCCAUCAGAUCAUCCAGCCCGUCCAACCCGUCCAGCCGAUCCAGGCAACAAGUCCCGAACCAGAAACUCCCUCCGAUAUGAGCUAUUUUACCCCACCGCCAGAGGAACGAGCAAUGACAUUAUCACCUUCUACAGAAACACCGUCACAUUUCCAUGACGACCCACCCGAACCAGUUCGUAAUCCAGGAAUUGGCAGUGCACGAUCUUUAUCGGUCUCUUCCGGAACUAUGACCAAUGAUAUAACGAAACCCAUGACUGACGGGGUCCAGGGACCAGAUGGCUGGAUGACCCUUGAGAUGUUUCAGGAAAAGCUUUUGAAGCUUUCGAGGACACUCGAUCAAUCAAUGUCCCGAUUUGUGCCUGCCGAGGAUCGCAGCCACCAGCCAUCCAAUACUGACCAGCAUUCUCGCUCAAUCGGGCAGUGAGAAGGAGGAAGAAAGAUAUCAACGUCCUUGGACGAAAAAAAGGAAAGAUCCUGGGAAUCUGUCAACAUCCGUAUACUCUGCUACAUCCUGUUCUUUGGCAGGUUGAGUUGAUUGCCUCCUUCUCCACUUGGUGUCCCUCUGUAAUAUUCCACUUUAUUUCCCUUUGUUUUUAUUUCUUUUCUUCCCAUUCAUCUAUUUCACAGAGUGCCGACUAUAUAGAGCAUCCAUGGCUUGAAUAUAUUGGGAAAUCGGUAUAAUGUAGGUUGCGAAAAAGAAAACCCCCUUAAGAUGAAAGAAGAUUGUGGUAUUCUUACGUGACCUCGCUACUACUUCCUUCACGGAGCGUGGCAAGGAAUCCUGCUCGACGAACCCUUGGGCCAAUACUACGAUGAUUCGUUGAUUGCGAUCCCAGAAGGAACCCCAUGUGGAAGUGAUUCUGCAGUUCACACGGACAAACUCACUUGGUACCCGGCUCAACAAU